GUACUGUUGUAAACACGCGUAAUUUAAUUUUUGCCAUUGUUUCCUCUGUUUUCUUCACUGUCUUCAAUAUUUCCUACAAAACCCAUCUUUCAUAUUCAAUCAAGCUUCAAUCUUUUUCUCUUUGAUGCCCCAAGAACAUAACCAAUUCUCUGUUUUUUCUUCCCUUUUUUUUUUUUCAAAAACAAUUUAGUAAAACAUACACAAAUAUUCUCUCUUUUUUGCAGUUUUUUCUUUAAAAAAAACAGUUUCAAGGAUUGUUUUUGUGUUGUUUCUCUCCCAUGAUCACAAAAAUGGCUUGAUUUGCGGUUGAUCCUGCAAAUAAUCGCAUUUCGUUCUCUUUUUUAACAGAGAUUCAUUAAUCAAUAAAUAACCAUCAGUUUUAUAAAUAAAUAAAAACGUCAUAACGAAGCCUUGCUUUUCCUUGUUUUACAGCCCCCUUUAGCCUUACCUCAAGCUUCAUCCCCUUUAUAUUUCUUUGAAAUUUUUUCAUUAAAAAUCCUAACAAAAGCAUGGGUAAUUCUGGGUUUCUAGCAACAUUAUUAUUACCGACAUUCCUUUGUGUUCAUCUCUUUGGUGGGUUUGUUGAUGGUCUUGGUGUGAAUUGGGGCACAAUGGCAACCCAUAAAUUACCUCCAGAAACAGUGGUUCAGAUGUUGAAAGACAAUGGGAUUAAAAAAGUGAAGCUUUUCGAUGCAGAUUCAAAGACUAUGGAUGCUCUUUCAGGGAGUGAUCUUGAAGUAAUGGUUGCCAUUCCAAACGAUCAGCUUCUUGCUAUGAACAGCUAUGAUCGUGCUAAACAAUGGGUUAAGAAGAAUAUCACCAUAUAUAACUUCAAAGGAGGUGUUAACAUUAAGUAUGUUGCUGUUGGAAAUGAACCAUUUCUCAAGUCCUACAAUGGCUCAUUUAUAAACACUACAGUGCCUGCUCUUCAAAACAUUCAAAAUGCACUGAAUGAUGCCGGUGUUGGGGACACCAUAAAGGCUACUGUGCCCUUAAAUGCUGAUGUCUACAACUCGCCUGAAAGCAACCCUGUUCCGUCUGCUGGCCGGUUCCGGACUGAUAUCAGUGGACCUAUGACGCAAAUGGUCGAUUUCCUUGCCAAGAAUGGUGCACCUUUCACUGUAAACAUCUAUCCUUUCCUCAGUCUUUAUGGAAAUGAUGACUUCCCUUUCAAUUACGCUUUCUUCGAUGGUGGAAACCCGAUCACGGAUAAUGGGAUUAAGUACACUAACGUUUUUGAUGCCAACUUUGAUACAUUGGUUUCGGCUUUGAAAGCAGUAGGCCAUGGGGAUAUGCCCAUUAUUGUUGGGGAAGUUGGUUGGCCUACUGAUGGUGACAAGAAUGGCAAUAUGGCUAAUGCUCAGAGAUUUUACAAUGGACUCUUGCCUAGACUUGCAGCCAACACCGGGACCCCUCUCCGUCCGGGAUACAUUGAAGUUUACUUGUUUGGACUUAUCGAUGAGGAUGCCAAGAGCGUUGCACCAGGAAAUUUUGAGCGUCAUUGGGGGAUCUUUCGGUACGACGGGCAGCCUAAAUUCCCAUUAGAUCUUUCAGGCCAGAAUCAGAACCAGUUCCUCAUUGGUGCAAAGGAUGUCAAAUAUCUUCAACAGCAAUGGUGCAUGUUCAAUCCGAAUGCCAAGGACAUCGGCAAACUUACGGACAACAUAAAGUACGCUUGCACUUUCUCCGACUGCACGGCUCUCGGUUACGGGUCUUCAUGUAACAACCUGGAUGCCAACGGGAACGCAUCUUACGCAUUUAACAUGUAUUACCAGGUGCAAAAUCAGAAAGACAUGGCGUGUAACUUUCAAGGUUUGGCUAUAAUUACAACACAGAAUAUUUCACAAGGGGCUUGCAAUUUUAUCGUUCAGAUUGCUUCUUCAUCAUCUUCUUUUACUUCAGUAAGUCCCUUAAUGGUAGGAUUAGCCAUUUUUAUAGUAUUAACUUCAUAUUUACUAAUUUAACUUUGAUUAUUUAGAUAUAUAAGAUAUGUGCUAUUCUUUUGCACCUUAUUUCUCUCAGAUUCUUCUGUUUUGUAUGUUAAAAGAUGAUUUAGUUAUUUAUUUUAUCUAUAUAAAGUCAUAUAUUACUUGAA